AAUCACGGCAUCGUAGUAAUCCCCAACGGCACAGGUCGACACGUCUGGGCCGGCACAGCGCACUCGCCCAAGGCAUGGGCCAUCGGAAUGUUCGUCAUCGAGCUGCUCUACGUGCUCGUGCUGGGCCUGGUCAAAUACUCGACCCUCUGCCUGUAUUGGCGGCUGUUCGGCGCCGAGAAGCGCAACCGCAUCCCCAUCUGGAUCAUGGCCGGGCUGGUCACGGGCUGGGUGGUCGCGAUCCUCAUCGCCACCGUCUUCCAGUGCUUGCCCGUGAACGCGUUCUGGGACCGCUUCGACCUGGAAAACCGCAUGCCGUCGGACCAAUACAAGUGUGAAAUUGAUAGCAAGCUGUUUAUCAUCGGGACGGCGAUCCCGACCGUCGUCACGAACUUGCUGUUGUUGACCAUGCCUGUGCCGUACGUUUGGCGGCUGCGGAUGCCGACUCCGCAAAAGGUCGCCGUCUUGGCUGUUUUCCUGUUUGGUGCCAUUGUCACCGUGGUGUCGGGAAUACGCCUUUUUGUCAUUGCCCACUUUGAUGUGAUGGACCCGGAUAUGACGUGGUACAUAAGCAAUUCGAUCAUCUGGUCCAAUGUUGAGGGGAACAUUGCUAUUUUAUGCUGCUGCCUCCCAACCCUCAAGCCGAUCCUAGACCUCUUCGCCGCCGGGACCACCAGGGCAGCGGCGCGAGUCAGCCGCGAGAGCCGCAAGACCACGGGUCCCAGCCCGGCGGGCGGUAGGAUCCCCGGCGGCAGCGGCAGCAAGCAGAUGCAGACGCUGCAGAGCGGAUGCGGCCACGAGAUACCGCAGUGGCUCGACGAGAGCCGGAGCCGCUCGGAGCCGCAGCAGCGGAGCGAGCUCGGCAGCAGCAGCGGCGAGGUGGCCAACCUGCGCACCAUGACCGAGAUCAAGGCCCAGCGGCGGCCGCCGCUCGCGCACGCCAACCCCGGCGUGGGCAGCAGCGGCGGCAACCUCAGGAGGAUGAGGUCCCUGACCAGCUCGCCGACCCUGUCGCGCAGCAGGAGUUUGAGCAGGGCGAGGCUGGCAAGGACGAGGAACAGCGGCGACGAUGGCGCGCCGUCCGAUGUCUCCAGCGUCGACGAGCUGGCGGGCAUCACGGUCACGUACGACGUUGUGGUGUCGAGCGAGAGGGUGAAACCACUGGAAAAGCCGUCGCUGCCGGAACUGUUCAGGUUCAGCGAGAUUGGAUUUCCAAAUCCCAAGUUUUCGGGGGCUUAG